CUGAUUGGUUGACCUUUCUAACAGAGGUUAUCCUCUUACAGCCAUUAAUCUUAUAAUAAACGUGUCAUGGAAUGUAAUUAUUAUUCAGUAUCAUCCAGUGAGAGCAGAUUGCCAUUCUCACCUUGGAAAACUCUUAAAGUGUAGCUUUUUUAAAGACAGUAUCCAUUACUUUUAUCUAACAUGAUUUUUGUAUCAAAAUUACUAACGCCCACUGUGGAACAUGGCCAGCAAGUUGAUGCAAGAACAGAUCACAGAGUACAAAGGAGUUUUUGAGAUGUUUGAUGAGGAGGGAAAUGGCGAUGUGAAGAUGCAGGAGCUUGAGAGGCUAAUGAGUUUAAUGGGAAUCAAUCCUACCAAGAGGGAGCUCAGCCAGAUGGCCAAAGACGUGGACAAAAAUGGUAAAGGGAUAUUUAACUGUGAGAGCUUCCUGGGUUUAAUGGCACUGUACCAUGAAAGAACCAAGACCCAGGACGCUGAGCUCAGAGCCGCUUUUAAGGUGUUUGAUAAAGAGGCUAAGGGAUAUAUUAACUGGAACACACUCAAGUAUGUACUGAUGAAUGCAGGAGAACCCCUUAAUGAGAUCGAGGCAGAGCAGAUGAUGAAAGAGGCAGAUAGAGAUGGAGAUGGAACUAUUGAUUAUGAAGAGUUUGUGGCAAUGAUGACUGGGGACUUGUUCAAAAUGGGCUAAAAACUCCAUGAAGAAAAAUGCUCUCACUUGAAACUAUGUUUGUAUUCUGCUGCUGUUGGAAGCAUAGUGUGUUUAUCAGAGGUGUGUCCAAACACUUGUCUUUGUGAUUUGUGAAUUAUUGUGCAAAUCUUUCACAUUAAAUAAAAAACUUUACA